AUGGCCUUGCGACGUUUCCGAAAGCAACACCAUGACGAGCGCUGCUAUGCCGCUUAUGGUCGUUUAGAUUCCGCCACCGCUCCUUUCGGGGCAAACGAUGCGACCGCCUGCAGUCCUGCUAGCGACGUGAGCGCUUCUUCUCGCCGAAAGAACGGAAACGGACGCCACAACAAAGGCGGCAGAAGCAGCAAAGAGGGUUCGUUGACGAGUGAGGAGUGA